UUGUAAAAAGCAGCAAUCAGCUGAGGGUCCCGGUACGGUGGAGAGGUCAGGCAACUGCAGCCGCAGUGACAGAAAGCACAAAACCUCAAAUUCAGCCAGAAGUGCGGAAACCUAAAACAGGAAUCUUGAUGUUAAACAUGGGAGGUCCAGAACGGCUGGAUGAUGUGCAUGAUUUCUUACUUCGUCUCUUCCUGGACAGAGAUCUAAUGACGCUUCCAGCUCAAAAUAAAUUAGCACCUUUCAUUGCCAAACGCCGCACACCGAAAAUCCAGGAGCAGUACAGCAGGAUUGGAGGUGGAUCACCAAUCAAGAAGUGGACGGCGGUGCAGGGAGAAGGCAUGGUGAAACUGCUGGACAGCAUGUCUCCUCGCACUGCGCCUCACAAGUACUACAUUGGCUUCCGGUACGUCCAUCCUCUGACAGAAGAAGCAAUUGAAGAGAUGGAGAAAGAUGGCAUUGAAAGGGCUAUCGCUUUCACGCAGUACCCACAGUACAGUUGUUCUACCACAGGAAGCAGUUUAAAUGCCAUUUAUCGCUACUAUAAUAAAAAACGGGAGAAGCCGAAGAUGAAGUGGAGUAUAAUUGACCGAUGGCCCACACAUCCCCUUCUUAUUCAGUGCUUCACCGAUCACAUACAGAAGGAACUGAACCUGUUUCCACCCGACAAAAGGAAAGAUGUCGUCAUCCUCUUCUCGGCUCACUCGCUGCCCAUGUCUGUAGUGAACCGUGGUGAUCCGUAUCCUCAGGAAGUGGGAGCUACUGUCCAGAGAGUCAUGGAGAAGCUGAACUACUCCAACCCUUACAGGCUUGUGUGGCAGUCCAAGGUUGGACCAAUGCCUUGGCUUGGUCCACAGACAGAUGAGACCAUUAAAGGACUGUGCCAAAGAGGAAAGAAGAACAUGUUGUUGGUCCCAAUAGCAUUUACAAGUGACCACAUUGAAACACUUUAUGAACUGGAUAUUGAGUAUGCCCAAGUUUUAGCGAAUGAGUGUGGAGUUGAAAAUAUCAGAAGAGCAGAGUCUCUUAAUGGAAAUCCACUGUUCUCCAAGGUAUCUUCUUUGUUGCAAUAGUUAUAAAAGUUUGCAGUUGUG